AUGCUCAAUUUUCUGUUACAGAUUUCCCGCGGGGGCGUCAAAAUAGCGCAGUCAGGGUGCCCUGGGAUCUGUGGCCCGCAGGCCGCGACCACAUCAACCCUGUCUUUCUCAAGCUUCCGAAACUCCUUCACCACCAAUGUCAAUUACUUGAAAAGAAGAUUUAGCUCGGGCGACCUGCAGUCGGACGCUGAUGAGGGCGAGGUGGACCCCUACACGGGCCGGCCGGCCACCACCAGCCAGCCCAAGCCGGGACCGAGGCCCGCCUCGCAAGCGACUGGCGGCAGCAUCGGCAGCGCUUCGGGCCCGCCGCCGGCGCCUUCAAGCGCCACCUCUCAGGGCGACCUGUCCUUGAACCUCAGGGGAGGGUCACGAGGGACCUCCGCUCCAUCCUCUCCGGCGAAGUCCAGAGAAUCUCUGCUGCAACGCGUCCAGUCCCUCACUGGCGCGGCGCGCGAACAGAGCGCUAGUUUGCUAGGUAAUAUCACAGGGAGCGUAACGUCAGUGGCAUCCGUGGGUCGCGGGUACAACCGGGACCGCUGUGUGACGCUGCUGGUGGUGGACGACCAGAACACCGACUGGUCCAAGUACUUCCGAGGACGACGGCUGCCGGGCGAGUGGGACAUUCGCGUCGAACAGGCCGAGUUCAGGGAGCUGUCUGUGACGGCUAACUCGGAUGGCGCCAAUGUUUCUAUGGCCGUAUAUCGCAGCGGUACUAAGGUUACUCGAUGCUUCAAGCCGGACUUCGUGCUAGUUCGCCAGAACGUGCGCGACGCAGGCGCAGACCACCGCGCGCUGUUGUUGGGGCUCAAGUUCGGAGGCGUGCCUUCCAUCAACAGCCUUAACUCCAUUUACCACUUCCAGGAUCGUCCCUGGGUGUUUGGCCACCUACUGCAGCUGCAGCGCCGCCUAGGCCGGGAGAACUUCCCCUUGAUCGAGCAGACCUACUACCACAACCACACUGAUAUGGUGUCUGCGCCGAAGUUCCCGGUGGUGAUCAAGAUAGGCCACGCUCACAGCGGCGUGGCCAAGGUGAAAGUGGACACCGUGACCGAUUUCCAGGACAUAGCUGGAGUGGUAGCCAUGCUGGGUACGUACUGCACAGUGGAACCCUACAUCGAUGCUAAGUACGACAUCCAUAUACAGAAGAUCGGCACCAACUACAAGGCAUUUAUGCGCAAAUCUAUAUCGGGAAAUUGGAAGACCAAUCAAGGAUCUGCCAUGUUGGAAGCUAUCGGAAUGAACGACAGAUAUAAGAUGUGGAUCGAUGAGGUGAGCGAAAUUUUCGGCGGGCUGGAGGUAUGUGCUCUGGAGCUCGUGGUGGGCAAGGACGGUCGCGAGCACAUCAUCGAGCUCAACGACUCCGCCACCUCAUUCAUGGGAGACUCGCAGGAGGAAGACCGACGCCAUCUUGCCGAGCUCGUGCUGCAGCGUAUGCAGACGGUCUGCCGGCCGGGGAUUCCGAAGGCGACAUCCCGAAGCUCUGUGUCGGGGAGUUCAGCAGCGACUUCUCCCGAGGAGCGCACGAUGCCGCUGCCGGGGUCGGGUCCGCCGACGCAGCCACCGCCCGCGCCGCUCGCGCACGGAGCCAGCAUCGAUCGCCCACUGCCACCGAUACCCGCUGAGCCGUCGCAGCCGCCGCCGCCGCCGCUUACUAGACGCGAUUCUCAAGCUUCUCAAUCAUCAACGGUGUCGUCAGCAUCAGCAGCGCCAAGUUCGACCAGCGGUUCAGCAACCGCCGCAGGCGCCGCCCCUGCUACGGGUUCCGCGUCCGGCCGCGGGGGCUUCGCCCGCCAGGGCUCCCUCAGCGCCGCACUCACUGAGGAUGCAGAGGACACAAUGAAGAACCUCCGGAAAACGUUCGCCGGUAUCUUCGGCGACAUGUAAUAACGCCAACGUGACAUGCCUCUGACGAUAAACGUGUACGAGAAAAUUGUAAUUGAAUUUGAUCUCUCAUGACACAGAUAGUUCCGCAAUUCGAGGUAUCUAAUGUGAUUCUGAACAGUAUCUAACAGUUCGUAAUUUACCAAUAUAUCAUAAAGUCAACGUCAAGGGUAAAGGUUAACAUCGUGUCUUAUAGGGAAGUCAAGGAAUUGGCCUUUGAUAGACAGGAAUGGAAAAUGCUACACCGACAAGAGCGUGGCUCUUAAAUUGAUGAUGAUAACCAUAAAGUCACCCUGGUUACUGGUUAGCGUUAGUAAAGAUAGAAGACUUCGUACACGCCUAUUGUUGGAAGCUAAAAGUCCACCAAACGUUGAUAUUAUUAUUUCCGUUACAUUUUCAUACCAUCAGCAUUGUAAUGCCGAUGAAAACUCUAAGCGAUUCCCAUGAAAUAGACGAAACUGACGGUCCAGAGAAUUUAUUUAAUAUUAACAUAACUGAUUUCGUAAUACUCACCUUGUCGGUUAUACGAUGCUCCCAGCUGCACCAGAUUUGAAGGGACCACCCCUCGAACCGAGUGUAAAGCGUAACCGUGUAAACAGAAUUUUAAGGAUAGUUUUAAUGUAAAAUAACGAUAGAUUUUUUACAAUAAGUUUAUUAUAAAUAUGAAAAUACGAAUCAACUGAGCUACAUUGUGAUUGAACCCGUUCGGUACCGGCGGCCUCGUCCGCGAUACCAGUAGUGUCUCUUUCACUGUCGCCAACUCCUUCUACCCUCACUGCACCUUCCUAGUGAGCUGAUGCAAGUCUAUCGACACUUGGUGCGUCUCUGUAAUUGAUGACAGCUGCGGACAUUCAUCAGACUCAACCCUGGUAGAGUCUGAUGCUCGCAAAUUGAGAGUUUUAAGAAAAUUCUCUCGAAUAUAGAAUAUCAUUGAUGACAAAUAAAGUUGAGUGGCAAUAAGUAACUAGAAUUGGAUUGACGUAAUAUGGAUGAUUGUUUUUCCCUUCUUUUAUGACAGAGGGCGAUGUGAAUUUAUUUUGGUGUUGUGGAGAAUAUGGCAAAAAAGCCAUUGAUAACGGUCAUUCGGAGAUAGAGUACCACGCCUUAUGUUUUUAUUUAAUAUUAAAUCAAAAUCGUUGAAAAAAUGCUUAAUUGAUUGAGUGGUCCUACAUCUAUUAGAUCUAAAUUGUUGGCAAUUGGGAUGUGAGCAAUGCUAUUGAAGACAAUAUUGUUAAAUACAAGAAUUAAUCCACAUUUUAUAUACCUUAUUACUAGUUAUAUCUCAUAGUUUUAAGAAUAUCUUGUUAAACGUGUACUUGUAUGUCUUACUUUCAUAAUCUCAAGCAUAUAUAAAAUAUAUUAUUUUACACAUAACAAUGACAGUAUUUACAAUUUCCGUAAUAAUUAUCAUAGAAUAAUAUUUUAUUAGGCCUGUUGCUUUUCAUGGUUUGGUUAAUGAAGGGUCAACGAGUUAAUAUAUUUUUUUUUAAUAUAUAAUUUUACCAGUUAAACUGUUUAUGUAAUAUCUUAGGACUUCAUUCAGUAAUUGAUGUUUAAGCCCAGCAUGUGCAUACUUCAAUAUAUUUUAUGUAUGCAGAAGUAAAGGUGUGUGUGAACGAAGUCUGAUGAGACGUCAUAUCAGGAAGGUGUCGAUAUUAUCCAUUUGCGCAAACGCAUUGUGCUUUCUCAAAGUAUUUUAAAUUAAGCUUUAAAGAUAUACUAUUCUUUAGCUAUGCGAUACAAAGUAGAUAUGUAUUUAAAAUAUAUACCUAUGUAGUUGACAUUUUAAACUUACAUUUUGUUGUUCAUUCUAUCAUGUUUAAGUAACCUUAACCAAACACUUGUUAUCGUAGAUUUUACAACGAAAAUAGUUAUAUAUUAUGUAAUCGUAAGUACAAGUAUAUCAUCGUAGAUUCCAUGGUCGGCACCAUUGUUCAUCGAGACAUUUCUUCUUCCGUAGUGACUUGACAUGUCCUUUAGUUGUGGGGCCUUGUUAUGUGUCAAUCUACUGAACGAAUACAAUGCGAGAGUAGGUAAUUUGUAUCAACUGCACCAGUAGUUAGAUUUGACACAAAUCAUUAGCUUUACAGCAAUUGUGUACGUGUUUACUUACAUGUAAGUGUCUAUAAAAUGCGCAAUUAGAUUAUUACUAACGAUAUAUACUUAAUAAAGUGACAGAUUUAUAUUGAGUUUAAAUUUUGUAAACAAUUAUAGACAAUGAAAAAUUUACUUAGGUACUUACUGUUUUUAUAGGAAAAACGGGGUUCAGUUGAAUGUUUUAAAUAUAUUGAGAUUUUUCUGCGUUUAUUAGAAUAAGAUAAUGAUUAUAAACACUAAAUUAAUAUAAUGCUGUUGUUGUUGUUGCUAACAAGUUAUACAAUGUGUACUCAUAUGGAAAUGAAGGAUAGUCUUUUUCCUGGGUUUGUCGCGACAAUGUCCAAGGUUCGAUUAGUGAAGGGUCUUCCGUGUCGAGGGCCUUAUCUACUACCCCUGGCUGAUGUUAUCGUGGCAAGCUACUGUUCAGAUAUAUGAAGACAUGGAUUGUCACAGCAUCAGGUCUAAUUGCAAAGUUAUUUAGUCAAAUUGGUGAGUUAAAGCACGUCAAACGACGACAUUGAUAUCAUUAUAGCAUUACAGGAAGAAUAUUCUGGAAUCUCUUGUCUUUUUGCAAAUAUCCAUAUGGAACUUAUAUAUGUUACCAACAUGCGAAUAUUCUAACUAUGUAUUUUCAAAAUGACAAUCGGUAGUAGCAGAUUUUUGCGGUGUUACCAACUUCCCGUGAUAUUGAUACUCCAUGAUGCUACUUCUUGAAUCUUUACCAAUUCCUAAUAAGUAUCACAUUUCAAUUUUAUUUGUAAUACUUCCAACAGAGUUGUGGCUAGUCAUAAGAAAAUAAUAUACAUAAGUAGUUUCAUUUAGAUUAUUCGCUUCACAAAAUGUUUAUAGUUCGUUUCGACCAUUUCCAUUGUUCGUUAGUAUACGUUAGGUAUGUGACAUCCAUGUCUUUGUUCGAAUGUAAUAUUUUAAAGGAAUUUGAAUGCAUGUUAAUCUAUAA